AUUAAGUAGGUUCGUAUAUAAUGAGGCAUGGUUGAUAAAUCCGGUACAAACCCUAGAGAAGACAGCCAACGCCAUUUCCCUUACUUUUUCUCCUAAGCCGUCGUCGCUUCUCAUCGUCAGCAAUCAUGCCUCGUCGGAGCUCUGGAGGACGAUCUGCUUCCCGUCCCGCCCCCCGCGCUCCACCUCGCAAUACUCCGGCGCCAGCUCAUUCUGCUCCUCCACCUGCACCUGUUCAAGGUGGUGGAGGUGGGUCUAUGCUGGGAGGACUUGGUGCCACUAUUGCUCAAGGUAUGGCCUUUGGUACUGGAAGUGCGGUGGCUCACAGGGCUGUUGAUGCCGUAAUGGGUCCUCGUGUCAUCCAGCACGAGACUGUUGAUUCAUCAACUCCUUCGUCAGCACCUUCAGUAGCGAGCAAUCCUGGAGGUUCUGAUGCUUGUAAUGUUCAGUCAAAGUCCUUUCAAGAUUGCCUGAACCACUAUGGAAGUGACAUUAGCAAGUGCCAAUUCUACUUGGAUAUGUUGCAGGAAUGCCGCAAGAGCUCAGGUUCUGUUUUGGGUGCUUAAACAAUUGAUUCUUAGAACAGUUAUCAUGUAUUCUCACUCGGAUUGACCGCAGUGAGCGGUGUCAAGAUUAUCGUGCGUUUCGACAGUGUUUUCAUUUUACAAGUACUGCUUUAACUGUAAUAAAGGGUGGACAAUGAUUUUAAAAACACUUCAUCGUUUGGACCCUAUUGUUUGGCUUUGAGCUUUGGGUAUUUUCUUGUGAAAUUAAAACUGCUGUUUUGGAUUUUUAA